CUCAGGGCUGCAGGGAGACGCGGCGCAUGCGCACUCCCCGGGCCGUCACACGCACCCACUAUGGCGGUAUCGCUGGGUGGUCGGGCCGCGCGGCGGCUGAGGCUCCUGCUCUCAGCGCUGAAGCCCGGGAUCCAAGUGCCCCGGGUCAGGCCCGUCGCCGCGUUCGGUUACAGUAGUAAUAACUUAAGGAAGCCUAACAGCCCACCUGAAGACAGAUGUUUUCCGGUCCAAUCUGGGGAUACUCUACCUGAGGGGAAGAGACAGUGCCUGCCCCUGGAACCUGCCCCAGCCUCUGUCCAGCAGUCACGCUCCUCCGUGACCUCUGCCAAGGCGGCGGUGAAUGGCGUCCACCUGCACUACCUGCGCACCGGAGACGGAGAGCGCGCCAUCCUGCUGCUCCCGGGGAUGCUAGGCAGUGGAGAGACAGAUUUCGGACCUCAGAUUGAGAACCUGAAUAAGAAGCUCUUCACGGUGGUUGCCUGGGACCCCCGCGGAUACGGACACUCCCGACCCCCCGAUCGGGAUUUCCCAGUGGACUUCUUUGAGCGAGACGCAAAAGAUGCCAUUGAUUUGAUGAAGACGCUGAAUUUUAAGAAGGUCUCUCUGCUGGGGUGGAGUGACGGGGGGAUAACAGCCCUCAUCGCGGCCGCACGGUACCCCUCGUAUGUCAGCAAGAUGGUGAUCUGGGGGGCCAACGCCUACGUGACCGAGCAGGACUCGGAGAUUUACCAGGGUAUCCGGGAUGUUUCUAAGUGGAGUGAGAGGACGAGAAAACCUCUGGAAGCCCUCUAUGGGUUCGACUACUUUGCCAGAACCUGUGAAAAGUGGGUGGAUGGCAUAGAGCAAUUUAAGCAUCUUCCAGACGGGAGCAUCUGUCGGGACCUGCUCCCCCUGGUCCAGUGCCCCACCUUAAUCGUGCACGGCGAGAAGGAUCCUCUGGUCCCACGUUUCCAUGCCGACUUCUUACACAGACACGUGAGAGGGUCACGCCUUAAACAUGUACACAUCAGAGGAGAACCCGUUCCUCAGAACCACAGGGGAGCAGGGUCUGCCCACCGGCCCCAGGCACGCUGGCAAGCCUAACGAGACGUGUCAGCGGAGUCUGGUCUUCAGUCUCGAUCAUUUCUGUAUGGAGCAGAAUUUAUCGUUUAAAUCCUCGAGCUGAUGUGAGAGCCAGCUUCUGCUGGUACUUACUUCAAGAUGAAAAUUCCGUGUUGAAUAAACCUGAUGUUUCCCCGAUGUGCAGUGAUGCACAUCCUGAAGGAGAAAGUAAGGUCUGGCCGGGAGGUCGUGGCUCACAAUUAACACCCAGGGAGCCUUGACGCGUUGAGAGCCUGCGGUUCACUCCAGAGACGCUGUUGUCAUUCCCCUGGCCGUCUUUGGAGUUGUAUAGAAUUCUUCUGAAAGUGGCCUCAUCCUAAGUGGCCUAAGGACAUCCUCCUCCUCCCCAGCGUGAGCCACUCCCAGCGCCCACAGCAGGCCAGCCUGCCUGGACGGCCCCCGAGCCAGGAGCAGACUCAGACACAG